AUGGCAUUAGGAAAUUUUUUAAUAAUAUAUAUUGUAAUUCGUGAAUAUACAUUACAUACAGCUAAAAAUUACUAUAUUGCAUCAUUGGCAUUUGCUGAUCUCUUAGUCGGAUUAAUAGCGAUGCCUUUUGGAUUUAUAUUUACAAUGACGGAUGAUGAAUAUUGGUUGUUUAGACGACAUUUGAAAUUUGUAUGUGAUUUUUGGCAUUCGACGGAUAUAUUUGCAUCAACAGCAUCUAUAUGUGGACUGACUACUAUUGGACUAGAUCGAUACGUGGCCAUUACAAAACCAAUGACAUAUCCAAAUUCAUUUGUAUCAACGAGAUGGUAUUAUGUGUUAUCAUUCAUAUGGAUAUGUUCAGCAGUGAUAUCUAUACCAGCAGUAAUUCCUUUUGGAACAGAACAAGUGUCUUCUCGUACGUAA